AUGUUCCGUGUGGGCUCUGGAGGUUUGGUAAGGGCUCUGGAUGGCAACUGCGAACGGCUGAAAAUGAUGGUGGAGCGUUCCCUGGAGCAAAACAACCUGGAAACGGCAGAGUUUCAGGCAGAGCUUCUGUGCAGCGAAGUGCAGAGAUUGGAGGGCGCAGAACGCGAAUUUGUCGGUGCGGCGUAUCUCUACGGUCUGGUUUUGUAUCUCAAAGGUGAGUAUAAGAGUGCACAAGCAGUGGUCAGGCUGUAUCGGGCAGAAAACAUGCUCUGUGCGUAUAUGCUGGCUCGCUGCGCAUUGAAACUCGACAGACCGGCCUGGGAUGAAGCUGCACGCAGCUUGGAGUUGCUUUUGGACAUCUCUGCGUUCCAAAAUACAGAGUCCCACUACGGUGCACCGGACGAAGCCACCGUCCACUGCGUUCUGGGCCAUCUAUACUGCAAAAUGGGAAAGCUAAAGGAAAGCAGUGCAGCACAUUCACACGCUCUAGAGCUCGAUCCCUAUCUGUGGGAGUCUUUUAAGGCCCUGUGUGACAUGAGAGCUUCCGUCAAGGUCGGCCAGCUUUACAAAAAGUCUUGCGACUCUUCUAAAAACGCUCAGUUACACACCAGAAAAAGAGGAGGCGUUGCCACCAAACCCCUCACGCCUUUCAGAAUUCCUGGAUUCGACCCGAAAAAAAGAGCUCAGCAUGUCCCACUGUCGAACCCGAAGCAAAGAAUUGGCGCGCCCUCCAGCUCGCUUCUCAAACCCAUCAAUGGCGCUGGCGCCGCAAAACCGCAUUCCACAUUCCCCAAACCAAGACUUAUAGCAACUCCACCUUCCAAGUCAUCUGCUCACGAAAAAUCUGUGACUCCGGAGGGUGCUGCCAGUGCCGCUAAGUCAAACAAACCAGCACCACUUAAUAGUGGGCCGGGAUCGACCUUUGCAUCGGAGCUCGACGCCCAGUUUUAUGCGCUUGCCAAAUCGUACAAGGCAGCUUCAAGAUUUGACUGCUAUAAGGCUAUACGGAUCUUGAACGAAGAGCUUCCACGUCAUAUCCUGACAGGAAUGCCAUGGGUUCUCGCUCUUUUGGGUAAACUGCAUUUCGAGAUGGUGAAUUAUGAGAUGUCCAAGAAAUACUUUAUGGCUUUAAGAGAUCUUCAACCGUCUAGGGUCUCAGACAUGGAAAUUUACUCGACCCUAUUGUGGCAUCUUAAUGAUUCAACCGGGUUAUCCUACUUAUGUCAUGAACUUUUGGAGGUUAAUCGCAUGGCACCAGAAACGUGGUGUUGUAUAGGAAAUCUUUUCUCGUUGCAGAAGGAUCAUGAAGAAUCUACGAAAGCUUUUCAGAGAACUACGCAAAUCGACCCACAAUUCACGUAUGCAUACACUUUACAAGGUCAUGAAUUUUCUAGUAACGAUGCCUUUGACACGGCGAUGACUUGUUAUCGUAAAGCGCUCGCCUCAAACCCUCAACACUACAAUGCAUUCUAUGGUCUGGGAAUGUGUUGUCUAAAGCUGGGACAGUACGAAGAGUGCUUCCUUCAUUUCGAAAAAGCUAGAAGCAUCAAUCCCGUUAACGUCAUUUUGAUUUGUUGCUGUGGUGUAGCUCUCGAGAAGCUGUCUCAUCGUGAGAAGGCCCUUCAGUACUAUGAUCUAGCCUGUGAAUUACAACCUAUGUCGUCGCUUGCUCUGUUUAAAAGAGCGCAACUACUUCUCUCCAUGGGCAAAUACAAUCUUGCUCUUGAUAACUUUGAGCGGCUGGUAGUAAUUGCGCCAGAUGAGGCCACAAUUCACUUUCUACUGGGUCAACUCUAUCAAAUAAUGGGUAGAAAGCAAGAUGCAGUGAAACAAUUGACAAUUGCAAUGAAUCUGGAUCCCAAGGGUAGUCAACUCAUCCAGACAGCCUUGGAGAAAUGUCACUUGAUGGACUGA